AGGGGAAAACUCCAUUAAAAAGCCCAGCUUCCCUCCAUGUUAGAUGUGAAGUGGAAAAUGGGGAAGAUUUAGCAGAAUCCCACAGUGUCUUCAGCCAGGCUGGAGAGGAAGACAGCAGAGGGAAAGCCUGAGGCUGCUGAAAUUUCUAGACUGUCAGGAAGUCCCUAGAAGUCUGUGGAAAUGAGGCUUUCCUACCUCAACGUGAUAAGGGAGAGGAACAGACCUUUUUAGUGAUUUCCCCCAAGUGUGUGUUAUCUUUCUUUCCCAGUAUGGUAGGCAGCAGGGCGUGCAGGAGCCUCGGCUGUGACUGUGUGAUCCGAGGUAGCCACAGUAAAGCAGACUGAGCCUCCUGCCUGGCGCUGGCUUCCCCUGCUUCAUGUGCUUUGGAGGCAGCAGCAGCAGCCACAGCAGCUGGAGCCGCAAGGAUGAACUGCAGAGAGGGGGACAACAGCAGCUGCAGCUGCGGGGGCACCGACGAGAAGAAGAUGCUCAAGUGUGUGGUGGUUGGAGACGGUGCAGUGGGCAAAACCUGCUUGCUGAUGAGCUACGCCAAUGACGCCUUCCCCGAGGAGUAUGUGCCCACUGUGUUUGACCACUAUGCAGUGACUGUGACAGUGGGAGGCAAGCAGCACUUGCUGGGACUCUAUGAUACUGCAGGACAGGAGGACUAUAACCAGUUGAGGCCACUCUCCUACCCCAACACUGACGUGUUCCUCAUCUGCUUCUCUGUCGUAAAUCCUGCCUCCUACCACAAUGUCCAGGAGGAAUGGGUCCCAGAGCUGAAAGACUGCAUGCCUCACGUGCCUUACGUCCUCAUAGGGACCCAGAUUGAUCUCCGAGAUGACCCCAAAACCUUGGCCCGCCUGCUGUACAUGAAGGAGAAGCCCCUCACCUACGAGCACGGAGUGAAGCUUGCAAAAGCGAUCGGAGCACAAUGCUACUUGGAGUGUUCGGCCCUGACUCAGAAAGGUCUCAAAGCAGUUUUUGAUGAAGCAAUCCUCACCAUUUUCCACCCCAAGAAAAAGAAGAAAGGCUGUUCUGAGUGCCACAGCUGCUCAAUUAUCUGAGGUUGCCUGAGACCCGCCUCCACCCCAUCCAACGAUGAGAAUGGCAGCUAACCUCUGCCACCCAGCUCCAGCCAAAAAGGAGGGCGAGACCAGAAAGGAAUUCCCGCACACAGAGGCCUGCCUUCCACCCUGCAAGCCCUCCUGUCACACCAUCAUGUCAGCCGACCACCAUGUCCCUGCCAGACAGAAGCCUCCACACUGCGCUCACCAAGAAUGCUGAGCCCUGACUUCAGAAGGUGCCCCUGCUGGACACUUUGGAAACCAGGUCAAAGGCCAUCUUGCAUUUCACUUCUCCUCUCCCCUGAAUGUGAAGCUGAUGGGAGAUCAUCACAGGAAAGCCAGAGGAGGACAUGGUUCCUGUACUGUGGCCUUACUUGAUGUCUUUCACAAAACCGGGGAAUGCAACACUAACUUUUCUUUCUGGUUCUGCUUUUAUACCCACGUGUCUUAUGUUCAUUUAUAUUAUUUCAGGCAAUUUUCUAAUUUCCAGCUUACUCAGGCCUUAUGAAUCCAUACCAAAGUAGCCUAAAGACAAGGUGACUUAAUUCAUUUCUAUUUCCAGCAGGUUUCUACCAAAGUUGUCAGAACCAAUAUGUACCUCUGAAUGCCUGGUUAUAAGAAGACACGGGAAAACUUUAAAACUUUACAGAUUUAAAGCCACAAUUUUUGGAACUGGCUGGAAGAAAACAUCAUCUGAACUAUAGCAGGUCCAUAAUUUUGCCAAAGACUCACCCUACAAAUGCUUAAGUUCAUAAAUCCUUUGCUUUUCUCCCAUCUUAUAAUGUCAUACGAACUAAAAGUGAACUGUGUG